AUGCUCAGCACUCAAUCUCUCCCAACCACUCCAUCUACCUCCAUUGCUGUAGAGUCAACCAAUCACACUACCAGUAAGGCACCAAAAGGUUCCCUACAAUCCUUCUACUUGUUAUUAGGAGCACUCGAUUACAUUAACGAUGCUCAAGAAUAUCCUCGAUUAAGCACUGGAAGAAUUUCAAAUUUCUCGAAUGCCUUGAUGCAAGGAGAUGAUGACAAUGAUGACGAGGAAACACUCGAAGAGGAUCACAACCAUGAUGCUGAUGAUCACACUCAACGUUCGAGAAGAAGAACAAGAAGAACUUCUCGUCGAACUUUUGAAGAUGAAGAUUUUGAAAUGGAUAACGACGACGAAGAGGAAGAACAAGAACUUGAAAUUGAUGAAGAGGAUUCAGAAUGGAGUGAAGAAGAACAAGCAAUAUCUUCAGGCAGUGCUGGUAAAAGUUCUUCUUCUCGUCGAGGUCAAGCCAAUGCUGCUGCUUCAAUGUCUUCUUCAACGACUGUCACUAAUCAUCAUGCUAAUAAGAUUCAACACGUCAACAGUGAAGGUCUCCAAAUUUGUGCCUGUUGUAAGAGAGACUCUACGGUUGUGAGUUUCCUCAAGAAUUAUUCCAUCCAUCAAGGAAAUAUUCACAAUUAUCGAAAUUGUUUCCCUGAAUACGAUGUCAUUCCUGGAAUUUCUUGCAUGACUUGUUAUCAUAAACAAUGGAGAUACACCAAAGGUCUCUAUGAUCCUAAUAAGGCACGAAAUGGAAGUGUGAACAAGAGAGAAGGCAUUCAACGAUCCAAUCAAAAGAAGAAUGUCACGAGUCAAAAUUCUGAUGCUCAAUCGACGCAUUCAUCAUCCUCUUCGAAUCAAUCUUCAAAGAGAAAGCGAUCUUCUUCUGCCACUUCCAAUUCACAAGCAAGUACUCACAAGAGAAAGAAGGGAAUUGAAGAUGCCCAUCAAGGAGAACAUCAAGUUGAAGAAAUGAAUCGAGAUGAUGUCUCGUCAUCGAAUUCAUCCUCCUCUAAAAAGCCUCGAAAACUUGCUAAAAGAAAGAAGGAAGCCGUGAUGAUUCUUGAACCAUUCACACCUGGUAAUAAUUAUUCAACUUUGAAUGUGAUCAUGGGAAUGAACAAGAAUGUCGUUGAAAAUGUGGAUGUGGCACGAACGCUUAAUAACGGUCCACAAGAAUAUGGAUUACCUUCAACUUCGACGAGUGGAAUGAUGGUGAUGCCACCUGUUGUGACUGCGUAUCAAUUUUGA